AUGAUGAACUUCGGAGUGCCUGAGGAUGGUGCCGACGACUCGGCGUUGAAUGUGAUGUCCAGAGACUCCUUGCUUCAGGCCACAGUAAAUGCGAGUGCGAAGCCCGGUGUGCAUGCAGACUUGGAAGACUUCGAGUUCGAGAUCGAGAAGAGCAGCUACCUCGCAUCCAUGGAGUACGACAUGUUGCGGGGUGCAAACAAUGUGACGGCCGCCUGGCAUGGUGGCGAGGCAGACAGGAGGCUCCAACCACUUUUCCCACGUUCUCCGUCCUUGGUGGAGUCUGAUGACCAAGCCACGAAUACUGAGCACAUUCUCUUCUCGUUGCAGAGCCCAAACACCGGGCUGGUUGGCUUUGAGGUCUUGGGCAUUUUGAACAAUCACAGAUUGCAGCUGUCCCUUCAGUUGCAAUUUGGGCCAUUUACCACUCCGCGGAAGAGGUACACCAUCAUGGACCUGAAGUCUCAGCUUGCGGCUAUAUUGGCAGCCAUUCCCUUCAUAUCCCCAACGAGCAAGGCUACAGCUGUGCAGGCAAUGACGGAUUUCGACGCAUUGGCGGCGAAUGAGGUGCCCAGAUCCUCCGUGCCGAUGUCGUCCUUAGAACAUUACUGGAUCUUUACUUCCCAGGGCCAUCGCGUGACAGGGAGAUCUCUCUUCUGGGACAACGGCCCCCAGGAAUUCCCUUUCAGUCAAGACCCCAGCACAGCGUGGCGGUUGCUUCCGGACGGACUUGGUGAGUACUGGCUCGUAACAGGAGACGGCCAACAGCCAGCGGGUCACAUGGUCUAUCUGGCAGACAACGGCAACUUUGAGUCGCACGUCUUCUGGGAGGACCCGAAGACAAAGUGGAAGCUGAAUGCAGUGCCCAACAGUGACGAGUUCUGGUUGGUCACGGGCCCAAACCAUCACGAGCCAGGAAAGAUGCUGUUCCUGACGAGUUCAGGGUGGAGUACAUGGAGUUUCAGUCACGACACGAAAUGCAAGUUCCGGGUGAUGGAAGUGGCGCCCGGAUUGCAGCCCUUCAUGUUGAAGCCAGCCGAAGUUUGGAUCGUGGGUGCAGAAGGCCACAGGACCUACCAGAACGACAUGCUGUUUUGGAAGGCUGACAGACGCCAAAAUUUGUGGGGAGUGCUGGCAAUGGUAGCAUAG